CCCUGACCAGGAAUAAGCAGGUGACCAUGGAAAAUGUAUCAGCUGUGACAUCCUUCAUUUUGACAGCAUACACUGAACUGGAAGAUCACAGAUAUUUAUACUUCAUAUGUUUCCUUCUUUUGUACAUUGUGAUAUUAUUGGACAAUUUAAUUCUUAUUGUAGUCAUAUGUACUGAGAAAAGUCUUCAUGAACCUAUGCAUUUGUUUAUAUGUAGCUUAUCAGUUAAUGGAGUGUGUGGUAGUACUGUUUUUUUUCCAUCUGUGCUUAGUCAUUUGUUAUCUCAGAAUUAUGAAAUAUCUCUGCCCUUCUGUCUACUACAGAUAUACUGUAUAAUCUCAUAUGCUUUAGUUGAAUUUACUAUUUUAGCAGUGAUGAGCUAUGACCGUUAUGCUGCUAUCUGUCACCCAUUACACUAUCACCUCCUCAUGUCCCCUAGAAAGGUUUCUGCAGCCAUUGUAUUAUCCUGGGUUGUUCCCUGUGUUUACUAUGCAUUUUUUUUCAUAUUAUCAACUGCCCAACUGCCAUUCUGUGAAAGACAUAUAGAAAAAAUGUAUUGUAUGUAUUUUGAAUUAGUUAAACUGUCUUGCUUUGAUACAACAACUUUGCGAAUUUUAGGACCAGUAUCAUUUAUUGUUUGUCCUAGUCCUCAGAUCGUCAUGAUAUUAUUUUCCUAUGCAUGUAUACUCAGAGUCUGCCUGUCUGCUUCUAAAGAAUCUCAAGCCAAAGCUCUUCAAACAUGCACCCCACACUUACUGGCUGUGAUUAAUUUUUCUGUGGGAUGCUUAUUUGAGGUCAUCCAGAGUCGUUUUAACAUGAGUCAUAUACCGCAUCAAGCUCGCAUAUUCCUAUCCCUACACAUGGGCAUAUUUCCCCUAUUGUUAAAUCCUGUCAUUUAUGGAAUUAGCAUUCAAGCCAUUAAAGUUCAGAUUUUCAAAUUGCUUAGUAGUAAAAAAAGAAGUGAAACCCACUCAUGGUGAUGAUUUAAAAAUAUAUUCUCUUUCUGUUAUUUAAAUAUGGUUCGUAAGGCUGAACCCUGUAUCACUGGGGUUUCCAGAUUCCAGAUUUGGGCACAAAUGUCUAGUUUUUUAUUAUUUGUACAGGUUUGGGUUUUGGUCCCAAAUGGACAAUAUAAACACCCGGUAUGAAUAACUAAAAGUUGACAGGGAGUUUGUAAUGAAGUUCUUCCAUCUCCACUGUUUUUUUCCUAAUUAGCCCCCCCCCCCACCUCGCCCACUUCAUGAUCAAGCAUCCCACUGCCCCCCCGGUCAGCGAACCCGAACCUCGCCUGUGUGCACAUGUUUGAUAUUCAAUUUUGAUAAAUUAUAAAUUUGGCAACCCUACGUAUCACAAAGUAAUAUAAAAGGACCUGUAAAAUUAAAACCCACUGAAAUAUUGAAAAUGUCUUGUCUGGGUUUGUAAAGUAUUAAAGUGUAGCCUCCCAUAAUACCUUUCCUUGCCCCAUUACUGGAGGACUCUCUCUCUGGUCAGGACGAUUCAUUCUCUCUGCUGCCCACAUGUGGACCAGCCCCUACAGCAUGGUGUUGGCGACAUGCCUGACACUGAGCUCCAAUGCUUCACAGCUAGAGAGCUGAUCUAGGAUCAGUUCUGUCUUCAAAUACGAAAUGUGUGUAUGUAUUAUAACUACACAAUUUAUAAAAUAAGUCUAUUUACAAUACUGUACUAUGAGGUUACUGUUUACAUCUGUGGCAAAUAAAUAAAAUGAAUGAAUUCAAAAAUGUUAAGUAUGUGUGCAGAAAAUUACCUCGCAAUGUUCCAGAUAAUGUCAACAAGUGAGGAAACUGCAACAAU